AUGUUGAGAAACACAGUCAGGAAACUCUGGACAGUCUGGAUGGCUGCAUCCCAGUUUAUGGAGACGAUUUCCAGUGAAGAUGAAGAUCAAGACCUGAUUGAGCUGGAAGCUAUUAGGAGACCAUACAGAGCAGUCAAAUUUGAUCUGACACAAGCAAAUCAAGAAGACUUAGAAGCACAGCAUUACCGUGAGCCCAAACACACCAAUGCCCUGCACAGGAAUAACUGGUCCUCUUCAACCCAGAGGGUCCAGUCUUCCAUGCCUAGUCGCUCUAUCAGAUUUAAUCAGUCGACUGCGCUCUCCCGAUCCACAGAGACGCGUAGAAGACGACCUCUUAGCAUUGUGUCCACCGCUCACUGCACUACAGAGCAGGAUGUCUUUAGAGAACAGGACGACUGCAAGAAUGAUGUGACCCAAAAGGAAGAGCUGCUAAACAAACUACAAGGUUUGUCUGCUGGUGAAUGUGUGCGUGUGUUGCGUGAAAUGCCCCUUAGUGUCUCUGAGAAGCAUCAGAUCAGAGGUCUGGUCUUCUGUUGGGAGGCUGGACAGCCUCUCUCUGCUAACAGAGCCCUGUACUGUCAUCAGUUUAAAACUUGGUUCUUAAAGGUUUUGUGUGGUUGGUGCUAUGGUAGAGUCUCCCAGCAGAAAUCCAUACAGCUCUGGCAGGGAGUGCUCAAAAACAUCAGCGCUCACUUCGGCACUGGGGUUCUGUCUUAUUUCAUCUUCCUCAGGAGACUGUUACAUUUCAACAUCCUCCUCUUCCUCAUCAAUGGCCUUUUCCUGAUCCUACCACAAAUCUCAAAUCCCCCAUCGCCAAAAAACAACCACACAACCACAGCUGACCUCUGGAUGCUUACACAACAGGGCGUCCUCACAGACUCUGUGAUGUUUUAUGGCCACUAUACCAACUCCACCAAUGAAAACUGCCAAGCUGAAACUAAACCGUGUCCAGAAAAUUACAACAUACCACUGGCAUAUAUUUUUACUAUUGGAGCAGGCAUGUUUAUCACAUGUGUACUGCUUGUUUACAGUAUGUCUAAAUCAUUCGGAAAGAGUUUCCACGUAUUCAAGACUACUGGUAACCUUGCUUUAAAGGUUUUCUGCUCUUGGGAUUUUAAAGUCAGCAAGAAACGGUCCGUUAAACUGCAGUCGGUGAACAUCUGCACUCAGCUGAAGGAGAUGCUGUCUGAGCUCAGCUGCAGAAAACAGAAGAGGAACUUGUGUUCAACUUUGUGCUGGUUGAGUCUACACUUUCUUGUAUGGUCCAUUUGCCUCUUUUGCAUAGCUGCCUGCAUGCUGGCUGUUUACUACUUACACCCUUACAUUGACCAGGGCAGUUCCAAGCAAACUCUUUUCAGAAAGCUGUGGGUUUGCUGAAACUGCCUUUGGUCGUGUCAUGCGUCAGUCACCUACUGCCUGGUUUCUUCGACAUGUUAUCCAGGGUAGAGCGUUACAACUU